AUGGCGGGCUCCAGACGCCGGGAGGAGGACGACGAGAGGGACGCCAACGGCGACUUAUCGGAGGGUAGAUCCAGGGAAGCGGACAAGGAAAACGGAGGGGACGCGAAGAAGGAGCGGGAGCGGGAAGCUAGGUCGGAUCGGCACUCGGGGGAAAGGGAGAGGGAGAGCAGAAGAUCUGAGGGGCAGCGUAACAGCAGGCACCGCGAGGAUGAUGGAGACCGGAGACGAGAACGCGAUCGGGAGAGGGACAGGGAGCACCGCAACCGGCGUCAUGGGAAGAAGCGGCACAGCAACGGCCGGCACGAGGAAGAAGACGGCGAGAGCAGCCCUGAAAGAGGUAGCAGGUCGAGGCGUGACAAGGAGCGAGAGAGAGACAGGGACAGGGAUGGCAGUGAUCGGCGCCACCGCGAUAGGAAGGAAGAUAGGGAAGGGAGGAGAAGGGAGGAGGAGGAGGAGGAGGAGGAAGAGAGGCCCAAGGAGGUCUUGCCCCCUCCCCCGCCGCCGCCUCCGCUUCCUGAUGCGGUUGCCAAUGCCGGGCGAAGCGGCGGGGUCUAUAUUCCGCCGUUCAAAAUGGCGCAGCUGAUGAGGGAUGUCCAGGACAAGAGCAGCGAGACGUAUCAGCGACUGAGCUGGGAUGCCCUAAGGAAGAGUAUAAAUGGACUGGUGAACAAGGUUAAUGCUACCAACAUCAAGAACAUCAUCCCGGAGCUUUUCUCAGAGAAUCUUAUCCGCGGGCGUGGACUUUUCUGUCGGUCCUGCAUGAAGUCCCAGAUGGCUUCUCCCGGGUUCACGGAUGUGUUCGCAGCACUUGUAGCCGUCGUCAACACGAAAUUCCCGGAGGUGGGGAAGCUUCUCCUGAGGAGGAUAGUGCUGCAGCUGAAGAGGGCUUACAAGCGCAAUGACAAGGUAAAGUUAAAUGCUCUCUGUUAGCUUAAUGGUGGAAGGGAGGCUAAUAGUUCAAUAAAUCAUCGCGUUAUAUUCUUUUCUUUGCAGCCUCAACUACUUGCAGCGACCAAGUUUAUUGCUCACCUUGUGAACCAGCAAGUAGCACACGAAAUCAUUGCCUUGGAGCUGCUUACUGUGCUUUUGGAGAACCCAACGGAUGAUAGCGUAGAGGUAAUACCUGAUUCAGAUGUGCAAAUGCAAAGCUUCUAACGUUGACUAAUCCUAAUGUUCCUCCUGUAGGUUGCUGUUGGUUUUGUCAAAGAAUGUGGAUCAUUGCUUCAGGAUAUCUCACCUCAGGGUCUUCAUGGUAAGUACACUAUUUCUCCAAUGAAGAUGUUAGAUGAUCGCUAUCAUAAGAACUUUUGUCACUUGGCGCAUUAUUUCAAGCCCAGUAACUCUGAUUUUUCUGAUCAUUCAAAUACGGUCUGAUUUCAAGAGGAGAUGGUCAACCCAAGUUUGUAUUAUAUUCCUCGUCCUUUUCUUUCUGGAAUGGUUAGCCUCCGCAUGAAAGUGGAAACAUAUUUGGCAUGAAAUGGGGAACCCAUUCAAUGGCCUUUUGGAUUAGACGACUCCCUUUUAUAAUGAAACAUUCUAGAUACCCAUGCUUUGAACAUUUAUUUUGCUUGUCCUUCUUUAUUUUGCAUUUUCCCCGCAAUUUUUAACUGCCUUGGAGAUCAUGAAGUAUGAUGCCCAUUAUUCUAUGAAAUGACCACACGAUAUGGUUCCAGUCCUUGCCUGCGUAGAAGCUUUGAAUGUUGGUUUGUGGUGUCCGUAAUCCAUUCAAAUUAUGGUUCCCAGAAGAUCAGUGCAAAUUAUAUGUAUAUAUAUCUAUAUUCAGCGUGUUAGGAUUGAAAGUAUUUGUUGGUUAUUUUCUCCGAAUUUUUCAUCUUAUAAGAGCAAAGUCAUUGUCGGCCAUUGCCAUCUUUUUAAUAGCAAAUGAGCAUCACUGUUUAAAAAACUAAUAUACAUUAGAAAGAAGUAUGUAAAUAGAAAAGAUCUUUUCAGUCAUGCAGCUUAGAUGUGUGAUGCUAUCUAACCUUGUACUUUGCAAAUUGUUAUAAACCCCAAGCAUUUAUUUCUUGAUUAUGUUUUUGCAUGAAAGCUUAUGAUUUGCAUGCUUUGUAUGGCGUUGGAAACUUUGAAUUUUUCACACGUGUUGGGGUAGUUCAUAUUUGAGGCAACAUCCUUCCCAUCCAUUUUGAUCUACCAUUUACAAUCUUCGUGGAGCUCAUUGUAAUCUACCAGAAAAUGAGCUCUACUAACUUUCUACUAGUGUAGAAAAUUUAACUGUCACAAGUUCAUGCCUUUUGAGGUUUGAAUUGAAAUUGGAGUUAAGGCCGUGGGGAAAAAAAAACAGUUUAAAGUGGUAUUUUCCCAGGGCCAUGUGCCUGUGAUUAAUCGGAGCAGAAUUAAUUAAUUAAUUAAUUUUAUUUGGUUAACUGUGGUUGAAGAAUGACAGAGUCCUGUAUUGUCUUUCAUUCCACGAUCCUUUGGGAAGAGUACUAAUGCGGUUUGGAUGGAUUACUGGUCGAUGCUUUCUAGCCAUUCAGAGUUGCCAAACUCUGAACUUCAUUGGAAGACGAAAUUUAUUUGGUUUCUCUUGUGGGUUUAGUGUUUAGAAUCGGCCCGGAUCUACAUAUUUUGUUCUGAGGUUUCAUAGAAUAGAAUAGGUUUGCCAAGCAACCUUGAUGCAUGCAGACGUUUAUAUGUAUAAUAUGAAAUUUGUGUCGCCAAACCCUAAAACCCUAAACCCAUUUGUGUCACCAUAUCUAAAAUCAUUGAUUGUUAGAUCAUAUUUUCCUGCUCUUGUGAUUGCAUCGUUCUUACCAAAAUUUUGCAGGAAUUUUUGAGCGAUUUCGUGGUAUUCUCCACGAAGGAGAGAUCGAUAAGCGCGUUCAGUUCUUGAUCGAAGGCCUCUUUGCCAUAAGGAAGGCCAAGUUCCAGGUACUGUGGCACAUAUUCUGAGAAGCACUGGGCUCCUCCUUGGGAUUAUCGUGGUAACCAGGCUUUCCUGUGGCUCCGUUCAUAGGGAUUCCCUGCUGUGCGCCCAGAGCUAGAUCUCGUGGAGCUGGAAGACCAGUUCACCCAUGAAGUCUCACUUGAAGACGAGGUCGACCCAGAGACCGGCCUAGGUUUGCCUCUGAUCACUAGUUCCACCUACCUCCGUGGCCAUGGCUUCUUGAAAGGUUGAGCAUGAGAUGGGCUCACUCUUUUGCGGGGACCCUCCUCAGAUAUCUUCAAGCGGAACCCAAAGUUUGUGGAGGAUGAGAAGGCGUACGAGGAUCUGAAGAAGAGCAUCCUCGGGGACGACGAGAGCUCCGCAGAGGAGGAAGAGUCUGAUGCGGGCGGCUCCGACGAGGAGGACGAGUCCGAGGAGGAAGACGAGGAGAUGAUGAAGAUCAAGGACGAGACUGAGACGAAUCUCGUGAACCUGCGGCGGACGAUCUACCUCACCAUCAUGUCCAGCGUCGAUUUCGAGGAGGCCGGGCACAAGCUGCUCAAAAUCAAGCUCGAACCCGGCCAGGAGGUGAGCGAGAUCUACCGAUUUGCUUAUAAUUUCCUGGAGUUCUUCUUCUGUGGUGGGUCGACUGAUCUGGUUGCGGCGGUGGCGGGGGCGGGGGCGGCAGAUGGAGCUGUGCAUAAUGCUGCUGGAGUGCUGCAGCCAGGAGAGGACGUACCUGCGGUACUACGGGCUGCUGGGGCAGAGGUUCUGCAUGAUCAACAAGGUGCACCAGGAGAACUUUGAGAAGUGCUUCGUGCAGCAAUACUCGAUGAUUCACCGGCUGGAGACGAACAAGCUGCGGAACGUCGCCAAGUUCUUCGCCCACCUCCUCGGCACCGACGCCCUCCCCUGGCACGUCCUCGCCUACAUCCGCCUCACCGAGGAGGACACCACCUCCUCCUCCCGAAUCUUCAUCAAGAUCCUCUUCCAGGUCCUCUCUCUCUCUACCCACAUCAUUCUCUCUAUAUACACAUCUUUAUCUCUCUACCCACUUCAUUCUCUCUAUAAACACAUCUUUAUCUCUGUACCCACAUCGUUCUCUCUAUAUACACAUCUUUAUCUCUCUACCCACAUCAUUCUCUCUAUAUACACAUCUUUAUCUCUCUACCCACAUGAUUCUCUCUCUCUCUCUCGCUACAUAUAUCUAUAUUUCUCUACCCACAUCAUUCUCUCUCUCUCUCUCUCUCUCUCUCUCUCUCUCUCUCUCUCUCUCCGUAUAUCUAUAUCUCUCUAUCCACAUCAUUCUCUCUGUCACUCUCUAUAUAUAUCAUUCUCUCUCUACUCACACCAUUAUCUCUCUCUCUCUCUCUCUCUUGAUAUAUAUGUAUAUAUACUCACAGAAUCUUUAAAUGUCAAAAUGGGUGCAGGAGCUAUCGGAGCACCUGGGGAUCCGGCUGUUGAACGAGCGGCUGAGCGAGCCGACGAUGCAGGACUCGUUCGAGUCCAUCUUCCCGAGGGACAACCCGAAGAACACGCGCUUCGCCAUCAACUUCUUCACCUCCAUCGGCCUCGGCGGCAUCACCGAGAACCUCCGCGAGUACCUCAAGAACAUGCCCCGCCUCAUCAUGCAGCAGCACCAGAACAACCCCCCCUCCGAUUCCGCCUCCGAUUCCGGUUCCGACUCCGACUCCGACUCCGACUCGGGCUCCUCCUCUUCCUCCUCCUCCUCCGACUCCGAUUCCAAGACCCGGACCAAGCGCAGGAAGAGGGGCUGA